GCAGGUUCUAAAGCGGGGCGGGGGGAGGGGGCGUGGGAGGGGGAGCGGCGGGCAACGGCCGCCAACGGCCGCCGACGGGCACCGCCGGCCUCGGCCCCGCUGUCCUCCCCUGCCAUGGAGCUGUCGGCUAUCGGGGAGCAGGUGUUCGCGGUGGAGAGCAUCCGCAAGAAGCGUGUGCGGAAGGGUAAAGUAGAAUACCUGGUGAAGUGGAAAGGAUGGCCCCCAAAAUACAGCACAUGGGAGCCAGAAGAUCAUAUCUUGGACCCUCGCCUGGUAGUGGCUUACGAAGAAAAGGAAGAGAGAGACCGUGCUUCAGGGUACAGAAAAAGAGGUCCCAAACCAAAGCGCCUCCUAUUGCAGCGGCUGUAUGGCAUGGACUUGAGGAGUGCCCACAAGGGAAAGGAAAAGCUCUGUUUCUCUCUUGCACGGAGGUUUGGAGGAGGAGACAGUAGCCUGCCAGGGGCCAAGACAGGGCAGGCAGAGUUCUCUGAGAAGACUGGGGGAACAGUCCUGCCAUUCUCUCUCCGGAAGCAACGCAAAAACCAGAAGUACUUGCGACUGUCAAGGAAGAAGUUCCCCCGCAUGGCAAGCCUGGAGAACCGAAGCUGCAGGCAUGAGUUCUUCUUGAAUGAUGCAGUAGACCUGGAGACCCAGCAAAGCCCUGAGGACUGGGAGGCUGUGCAGCACACCGGCAAAGAAGCAGAUGUGGAUGGCAAUCUCCCUUGGAUUCCCACUGUGCCCCCCAGCGAAGUGACAGUGACAGACAUCACGGCAAACUCCAUUACCGUCACUUUCAGAGAAGCACAAGUGGCUGAGGGCUUCUUCCGAGACCGGAGUGCGCAGUUCUGAAUCUCCAUUUUCAGUGCUCCCCAAAUCUAGUGCUUUUAGAGUGGGGCUAGGGAGGGCUUAUUUUAUCCCUUAAGAAGAAAAAAAAAUCCAAAAUGUCUCAGAAUGUUUACAGAGACCUUUUUUUCUUCUCCUUUUUUCCCCUUUCAGAUACGCAAAAAAAAAAAAAAGGAAAAAAAAAAAAAAGGCAGCAUAGGGGUGUGUGCUUGUCAUUGCUUUGUCCAUCUGAAAAACUGACAGCCCUUUCCCUGGCAAAGACUCCCCUCCUAGAUGUCGAAGCAGCAAGCUGAACAAUUUGGCUUUUAUGCUGCUAAGUGGCAGCAGCUGCAUUUGUGGGGAGAGGGCAUGUGGAGGUGGAAAGAGAGCUAGGUCUCUAGCCUGCUGCCUUGUUCUGCAAUUGAUAUCCCUUGGAUAAAGAUACUUCUCUAUGCGUUGCUCUUCCCACCUUCCUCCUCCCUCUCUUCAUGCAGCACUGAGAGACGAUGGAUCCUACCUGUGUAGAUCACUCCAGCCUCUUAAGACUUUCUCUCCAGUGCUGUUUUCCCUGGGGCCUGCUGUCAGGACUUCAGAACCGUAUUUGCCUGUCUGUGGUAAGUAAGGCUGUGCAGCACAGCAGGUCCAUGUAGACAGCAGAGGUUUCUCUGAUUGUUGGUCAUACAGAAAAGACUGAAACGCGUGUCUGAAAAAUGAAUUGGCUAACUAAAUUCAUUAUGCCCUUGUGAAAAGCCCAGAAACCCAGCAUAGUGGAGGCAUACCACUCUGUCUAUGCUAAACAAUAUUUCCAGGCUUGUCUAUGCUGUGUGAGAAAUAUGUUAUGGAAAGUGGGGUGUUCCUAUCUUCUGCCAAAUCCUGGCUUAAUGACAGAUGCUGCCCUGAGUCUGUGAUGAUAGUUGGUUGAAAUCUGACUCUCCUUCCCUGGAAGGAGGGGCCGGUAGGACAACUGAAGCAUUGCCUGGCACUGCAAAGAUAUUCAAUAUACUGGCGCAGGCCCAGGACACAGGAAUUGGACAGAACUGAGCUAGAAAUGGACCUUGAUUAGUGGCAAAUUCUGUUCUUGGAUGCCAUUGGGAGAUCCAAGGUAAACAACAUGCGGAGAAGGCAUGCAUUAGAGUAGAAGGGGGUGGGGUGGGGGUGGGGGAAUCGUAAUUCUUAGCAAGGAGAAUGCUUGGAUUGUACUGUCUGAGUAAUGUUCUUCCGUGACUCCAGUCUCCUCACAGUAUCUGUGAUCCUGUACUUCUUUACUGAUGGAAACUUCCCCUUGGAAGGCUUAAAACUUUGCCAAGGAAAGUGGUCUGCAUUUCAAUAGACCCUGCCUGAUCUUGCACUUAAAUGCCUCAUGCUGGACUGCCUGUGAUGCUUUGAGGUAUUUGAAGAAAUGCUGUAUUUUGAGUUGGUAGUUUAGCAUAGCAUCUGUUCCUGCACAUGCAUAUUCCCUUCCAUUUUCUUGAAAUCAAAUUUUAUUUAAGUAAUUUAAAAUUUUAAAUACAAACAUUUUCCUAUGGAAAGCAAGAAAAGUAAGCUACAGUCUGAGGUGGGAACUUCCAGAGAGAGCUGCAGGAGUAUGCUGGCUGUCAUGAUUUCCAUCCUUAACUUCUUUGUUCCCUCUUCCCAUUCCACACAAAGCAUUUCUUUCCUGCUGUAUUUAUUCUGUGUGAAACUAUGAGCCUUCUGAGCUCUGAGGUAUAGGCUCUGUGGAAUUGGGCAGUGUUCAGCAGUUCCUUUGAAGGGUUUUGCCUGCUGACCUUCAGAGUUUGGGAGCUCUGGGACUUCUGGUCAUCCAAACAUCUGCUUCUUGCAAAAUGCUUGGGCUGCCCCCUGAAGCUUUUAUUAAAAGCAGAUUUUACCUCUUAUAGGACAUGACAGGUCAGUGCAGACUUAAGAUUUCCCCUUCUGUCUCGAAGCUGUGUAAGUAGGCCAGUCUUCUGCUGUGUCACUGCAGUUUCAGGACCACGGGGAAGACCCUGAAUUUCAGAACGAAUCUUUUGUCUCCCAAAUAAGCAACGUGGAAGUUUAAUUAUGGAGAAAUUAGAGAGGGUGAGAAGUGAAAAAUGAGCAGGAAAGAAGCUUGGAACAGCAAGGGCAGACUGAUGAGGGAAUUAUACAGGCCUAGGAUGUUUGUUGAAUGUGGGUGUCUGGAGUAAGGCUUCCAAAUCUGGAAUUGUAUCACAUAAACAGGUUUGCUCUCCUCUGCAGUGUGUGAGGUUGUGCAGUAUCACUCACACUGUCACCCCCCCCCCCCCACACACACACACAUCCCCCUCUUCCUGAUACUUGUCAAACAGGCAGAAAACAUUUAUCUUUUUUCUUACUGUGACCUGUGGGCAUUUAGUAUGGCUGAGUCUGCUCACUGGGGUUGCAGUAGGUCAGGUAGUCACAGUUAGAGAAGCACAAUAUUUUAGCUCGUUUGGGGCAAAUUCUUGAAUUCCAGCUCACCCUGCUGAAUCUUCAUGGCAUUUAUGGGAUCUGUUUUCUUUAAUGCAGCUACUGCUACCAUCACAUUGUACAAGUACACCAAAAUCCUUCCUACUUAUUUAGGUUCCAGUCAUCAGCUGACAUUGGAAGCAGUACCAAUCCCAUGGCAGGAAGGAACUUGUCAUAGUAAACCAGUUCUCCAUCCUCUGCUUUUUCUUCCACUCACCAGCUGAGACUUCUCAGCGUUUUGUUUUGGCAUUUCUCUUUAAACAUCUUUUCUUUCUCCUGCAGUAGAGGUUUUCAAAAAACCUGUGGUGCUCUUUCAAAGAGGAUACACCCACAGCUUCAUCUCUUAAUCAUGCCUAGAUUAGGUUAGCUUGUGUUUUUUGCAGUGACUAAUCACCUGACUACAUGGAGUGUUGAACAAGGUACCUGGCUCCCAUGCUGCUUUAUGUACAGGUCAGUUAGGAGUUAGGGACCAGGUUAAGGUGCAGCACAUUACUUGUGCAUGGGUUUGGUUAGUGUGUGUGAGGAGGAGUCUGUGGUAGGAAACUGAGCAGUUUGAUUUCGUUUUGUUGUGUUUCUUUUGUUUUGCUAUUGGGAUUUUUUUUUUUUUUUUUUUUUUUUUUACGUUCACAAAUGCAGUGUUAAAAAUCCAUUAAAGAUUUUUCUUUUGGUCUUUCUAACACAUUUCCAGUGUCUGGCAACAUAUCAUUGUAGACUUCCUUAGUGGAGCUGGUCUUCAGGGACUUCAAAAUUAACGUGAGUGCACGUCUGCAGAUGUAGAGAUGCAUGGGGCUUUUGUACUUUUGAUAGCAGCAGGGCUCCUCUGGGUUCACUUUUCUCCCAUAUCCCAUCCAUCUUUAGGUUCAAUCCCAAAGUCUGGAUAUUGAGCUGGAACUUCUAGAGCUAACAUACGAAAAUUGGAUGCUGUGCUCACAGUUUUGUUACACAUUCCAUUUGAUUAGGAGAGCCAGAAUAGCAUCCAGCUGAAGCAGAGUUUAAUAACUCUAUUCAAAGCACAAGCUGAGAAUAGAAACGGGCUAACUCUCCCAUACCUCAUUUGGCUCUAUGGCUGUAAACAAGAAAAACAAACUUCAGCCAGUAGAACUUAGUGAACUGUGCACGAGAAACAAACCUCUCAAGGAAGAACUCUUCUAACGGUUGUUCUUCAGAACUGUUCCAGUGGGAGAAUGACCAGCUGUGUUUAGGGGGCAGAAGUUUCUCUUUCAUAAAUCUUCUCACAGUAACUUCACUGUGUGACAGGACCGAGGGGCUUCGUGAGAUUAGAAAACCUUUGUUGUUAACACUGGUUUAAAAACGAUUGGAAAGGUGCCUCUGUUCCUGGCUGGUUACAAAGUAGAUGUUGUUGCUCAGAUAUGUAAGCGAUGCCUUGGAACAGCAAGUUUUAGCACGUAAAUAGUGGCAUUAAGUAGCCUUGUAGCUCCUGCAUGCUCCCUUAUUGUCUUGCCUUUGCUUGGGGGCCCUCUUGCUUGUGAAGUCAGACCGAGGUAUUUAUUUUAUUUUCUCUUUCUUUCUCAAGCACAGCCAGGGUAUUAUUAUGAGAACACCCAGAUGCCAUUCUGUUGUCCAAAAUAAGCUUAAAUUUGUUGGUGAACUGACCCUUACUUAUGUCAGAGCCUCAUACAGCAAGAAGCUUAUUGAGAAAGGAAUGGCUCUUUUUGUUGUUGUUGUUAGUGUUGUGAAACUAUCCAGAAUUGUUCUCUCGGUGUUUUGUGACUGAAUGUAUAAAAUUGUUUGUUUGCCUCACAGGGUGCCGGUGGCCCCAGUGCUGUUUCCUGCUCUGUGGCAGCCAGUGUUGUUUGAUGAUUUCACUGGAAUAGAGAGGGGAGGCCUCGCAUAGGUCAGAAAAUAGGCAGGCUUAGCACAUGUAAGACCUUCGGUGGUAGCCACAACAGAGGCUGGGGUGUGGAAGGCAGCAGUGAGAGCUGUUAGCCACAUCCAUGCAUUUGAGCAAAGCUCAGUCUGCCGUUGCCUCCCCACCCCUUCCUCUCCUCUCAGGUUUUCUGAGGUAGGGAAAGUAGGGAAAAUGACUCUUCCUAAUGCUAAAUGGUAUCUGCUCCUCUUCAGCUCGCCCCUUCCUUGCCUGCAGCCUGAGAAGAAGAGGGCUGUUGGACCUUCUAGGAAAAAAAUUGUAGGGGUAGGAAGAGAGGGAAGGAGGGGCCUCAGGUUUGCUCUUGCUGGGUUGCAAAGGGCAGGCCUUUGGGUGAGCAACUGAGAGAGGAGAUGCGAUGUAAGAGCAAAGAACUUGUAAUGAAACUCAAGGGCCAAAAUUGUCGUGAUUGUAAAGAAAUACUGAGAUGAUUAACCUGAUUUUUUUUAUUUUUAUUUUUUGUAAUUGUUUGUUGAGGUGGGUGUUAACUGCCAUCUGUCAGUUAAUAGCAGCAAAAUGAAAGCAGCCUGCUCCUUACAGGCCCUUUGUGCUUCUUGCUUGGUUGUGAAUUUACCUUAGUCUCCAAGAAGAGUGGGAAAAUCAUAUGAUGGGGAAGGAGAAGAGACAAGUAAGGGAUGAAAUGAGGCCACGUUCAGCCACUGUUCUAAUGCAGUGCCUUCUGCUCCGAAACCUGUGAUCUCUCACAUCAGCUCUGGUGUGUCAGUGCUUCAGAGCAGUCAGUGGGUGGAUGGCCCUCUGAGCAGGCCAUGCAGAGAGGAGGUGCUGUGUUCGUGUCUCUCUUUUAUCAUUUGGAAAGGAAGGGAGGUGCAUGCUGACAGCUUACGUGAGGUAAUUUCUGCAUGGAAGUAUAUAGCAUUAGCAUAUACAAGUGAAGGGAGCAUGUCUCUUUCACUGUUCUCAAAAUAAUUGUCCCCAGGGGUAUAGUAAACUUGAUCUUGAGACAGCAGGUUAUGAUAAAGAGGCCCACUGAGUCUGACUGCAGUGGAGCUGUCUUUGCAGAGACAGCAUGGAUCUUCUGGGUGUUGAACCACCCAUGUUCCAACCAAGCAACUGGGCACGCCUAUGAAACUGUUGAAGAGAGAAGCAAUCACUUGGAAUGCAACUCAGACUUCUCAAAUACUUUCCUGCAACAGGUACUUCCUGAAUUUGAUAAUCCUUCUCUUUCCUCUUCCAGCUCUCUUCCCUUGUACCAUUAAGCUCUUAAAGUACAAUGGCUUAUUAGGGAGUGGGCCAAGGGUGAUCCCCAGCUAACAGGGUUGUGUGCAGAGGAGAGGAGUUCAGGGGGAGUUUGUAAUGGGUGUUAGGCCCGAGAAGGAUGCCUACCAAGAGAGUGUGGAUAGGAACUUUGCUGCUGGAACUGUUUCUGUUUGCUGUGGGACACGCUGCAAACCCUUCAGGGGUUCUUCUGAAACACACCCUGGUGAUGUCUGAGAGCACCAAUUGAAUGUUGAAGGGGAGAGCUUGUAAGAGUGUUCAGAACCUCUAUCAGCUUAUCUCAUUACUGGGAUAGCAGUUUUGACUGGGAGGGGGAUUUCAGAGGAAGUGGAAAGACUUGGUUUUAUUUUAUUUUUAACCAGAAAGCGUAGUGUCAGCACAAAGAAGCUCUUUGCAAGUCUGUCAAGACGUUAAGCAGCUUUUUUUUUUUUUGCUUUUAGUCUGAAGCAUGUUUUGAAGCACUUUGAAAAUGCAAAGCACUAGGAGUGCAAAGUACUCCUUGUCGUCUGCCUGAAAGUGGCAUUUGAAAAACAUUUUAAAAGCGUUUGAAAAGAUGUAUCUAUUUCAGGUCGGUAGCUGUCCCUUGUUAUUUUUCCAGAGUUCCCACCCAGCCCUUAGCCUCCCUCCCAUGGCUGAGGGGAGAGUUUCCUCAGCCCUGCUGAGUGGAAGAGGCUAACCAAGGAGGGAGGGGAGGCUCACAGUGCCCUGUGUGCUGGCUUCCUCCCCACCACCUCCUUCAUCUGAGAUAAGGAAGAAGAGGAGGAAGUUCAGUUGCAGUGGUCCUAGUCUGGAACUGACUGCGUCUUUUAGCUCUGGAGACAUCUUUAUAUCUGGCCUGAAGAAUUGCACCUUAUGAGUCUGGCUGAGGAAUGGGGAGGCACCUGUCCUCUUGCAGGUGGUGUGGAAAGGAGGGAAGGGUGAGCCAGAAGCUGUCUUCAGUAGAUGCUGGAUUUUUCUGGAGGCUGUUUCCUCACCUUAUCUCCAACAUAACAGCAACCAAAUAACUGAAUUCAUCCAAAUGAAGCUUUUAUUCUUUAUAUCUAAAGAGCCUUUUGAGCAGGCUAAGAUGAGAGGCUCUUCUUUCUUGCUUAGCAUGCUCUACAGUCAAAGGAACCUUAGUUCUUUCCUGGGGUCUUUGGCUCCAGCCUUCCCCUUAGCUUAGACACACCAUUUGGACUCUUUGCACACUGACUCAUCUAAUGUGAUCUGCUUCCCUUCUGCUGGGGGGCAGAAGAUGGGGUCUACUGGGAGAAGAGGGUCCCUGGUUCUUGUUCAUGUCUCUUCAGCUGUUGUUUCUGUCAGCACGCUAGAGUAUGAGAGUCUUUGCACACAGAAAGCUUUCUUUUGCACAGAAUGAGCUUCUAGCUUUUGUACAGACUAAUUGAAUGUAUUUGGGGGGGUUGGGAGGGAGGGAAAAGGCCGUAAAGCAAUUCCACAUGAACCAAUCAGAGUAUCAUGCCUUGUCUGAGCGAGCGUGAGUCGUAAGCAGAGGUUGUAAUGGCAAAGGGAGGGCAGGCUCAAGUAUAAUUUGACACAAAGUGUGGUUUUAUUUUUGUACUGAUACGGAUAAGAGACUGUACAGCAUCUAUUUAUUUAGAUGAUUUAUGUGGUAAAUGUUGCAAACAAAAUUAUGAAAAUAUUAAAUAUGAGAACUGACAUUUA